AUGGCUGAAGGGGCAAGGUUUCAUGGCAUGGUUGGCGGUGGCGGCAAGGGGAUGCAAGAGAACGAGUUCAAUGGCUUCUUCAGCAUGCCCUACUAUCAGAAAAUUGGGGAGGGCUCCCACAUGUCUGUCGACAGCACUGACAACUACAACCUCGCCGGUGGCUCCGUUACCAUGUCAGUGGACAACAGCAGCGUGGGCUCGAACGAGUCCCGUACUGUCAUACUAAAGCACCCGGGCCUCCGUGAUGCCCCAACCGCAAGCUAUUCGGUUGGCAACAGUGUCUUUCGUCCCAACCGUGUGGCUGCGCACACCCUAAAUGAAGAUGCAUUGGCCAGGGUUCUGAUGGACCCAAAUCAUCCAACAGAGAUACUUAGCAAGUACCAGCAGUGGGCCAUUGAUCUGGGGAGGUUGGAUAUGGGGGUUCCCUUUGCACAGGGAGCCUUUGGGAAGCUGUACCGGGGAACAUAUAUUGGAGAAGAUGUUGCCAUUAAGCUGCUGGAGAAGCCUGAGAAUGAUAUGGAGAGAGCACAAUCGUUGGAACAGCAGUUUGUGCAAGAAGUUAUGAUGUUAUCUACCCUAAGGCACCCAAAUAUAGUAAGAUUUAUAGGGGCCUGCAGGAAGUCAAUUGUGUGGUGCAUUAUUACUGAGUAUGCAAAAGGUGGCUCAGUCAGGCAGUUCCUGGCAAAAAGGCAGAACAAGUCGGUACCUUUGAGGCUGGCUGUCAAACAAGCAUUGGAUGUAGCGAGGGGAAUGGCGUAUGUGCAUGCUUUGGGAUUUAUCCACAGGGACCUGAAGUCGGAUAAUCUUCUAAUUGCAGCAGACAGAUCCAUUAAGAUUGCUGACUUUGGUGUUGCUCGAAUUGAAGUGAAAACAGAGGGGAUGACACCAGAGACAGGAACCUACCGCUGGAUGGCACCUGGUUGGUCUUUUUGUGUGUGCAGGGAAAUGAUCCAGCACAGGCCUUAUGAUCAUAAAGUUGAUGUCUAUAGCUUCGGGAUCGUUUUGUGGGAGCUUAUAACUGGCAUGCUUCCUUUCACAAACAUGACAGCUGUUCAGGCGGCUUUUGCUGUUGUAAAUAAGGGUGCUCGUCCAGCAAUCCCACAUGACUGCCUGCCUUCCCUAACCCACAUCAUGACGCGCUGUUGGGAUGCAAACCCUGAAGUUCGCCCACCAUUCACCGAGAUCGUCUGCAUGCUUGAGAACGCCGAGAUGGAGGUCGUGAGCCAUGUCCGUAAAGCACGCUUCCGCUGCUGCGUCGCUGAACCCAUGACCACCGACUGA